GCAGUCUUUGGGCACGGUGGAUGGGUCCGUUGCUGAUGACGUAUCUGGUGAUUUGGAAGAUGUUGUAGCAGGAACUUUAAUAUACACUGCGUUGUUUUAAACUUAAUGGUAACAUACGUUGACAAAUGCGUAGUACGUACUAUAAGCCCCAAAAUGGAACAAACUGCACAUAUACCAAACUGAAAGCUUCAGGUCAGACUACAGCUAUGCCUCAGAAACCACAAAAGAGUGCCCAAACGGCUCACUACAUCGAGCUGGGAAGUUAUCAGUACUGGCCCGUGCUGGUGCCCCGCGGUAUCAGACUGUACACCUAUGAACAGAUCCCAGUGUUUCUGAGGGAGAACCCUUACAUCACCGAUGGAUACAGAGCCUACCUGCCCUCCAGGCUGUGCAUCAAGAGCCUCUUCAUUCUGUCAAAUGAGACGGUGAACAUCUGGAGCCAUCUGUUGGGCUUCCUGCUCUUCUUCUUUAUCGGCGUGUACAACAUGGCCACAGUGCUGCCGGCCAUCGGCGCCUCCAAAGAGGACUACGUCAUCUACUCCAUCGGACUCUUCUGCUUCCAGCUGUGUAUGCUGUGUUCGGUGGGUUACCACCUGUUCUGUUGCCACCGCUCUGAGAAGACCAGCCGCCGUUGGCUGGCGCUGGACUACGCCGGAGUCUCCAUCGGCAUCCUUGGCUGCUACGUCCCCGGAGUCUUCUACACCUUCUACUGCAAUAAUUACUGGCGGCAGGUGUACCUGGUGACGGUCCUGGCCAUGAUCCUGGCCGUGUUCUUCGCUCAGAUCCACCCUCACUACCUCGGCAAGCAGUGGAAGCAGAUGCGCUCGCUCACCUUCUGCCUGGUGGCGGGCUUCGGCCUCAUCCCCACCCUCCACUGGAUCUGCCUCACCGGGGGCUUCUCCUCCGAGCUGGUCCAGGCCUUUGUUCCUCGAAUCCUGGGGAUGUACUUCAUCGCUGCAUUAGCACUCAUUUUCUACGUUUCAAAAGUUCCUGAACGCUACUUCCCAGGUCAGCUCAACUACCUGGGCUCCAGCCACCAGGUGUGGCACCUUCUGCUGGUGCUGAUGUUCUACUGGUGGCACCAGUCGUCAUGUUUCAUCAUGGCGUACAGACACAGCGAGCCCUGCCCGAACGCCCCCCACCACGACUAGGGUGCUGCUGUGCACCAUGGGAUAUCCGACUAUGUCUAACUCUGGUGAACGGCUGCAGAGUAUUCCAGCAUGUUGAGGUGAAAGCAGGGGACACCAGGGACAGACCUCCAGUCCAUCUCCUCAGACGCACACACACUCACCUGUAAGGGUCUCAGCCCCCUGCCUGUGGAGGAAACACCAGAGGGGCUCCCUUAAGGAUGGAAGGGAUCAUGUGUUCAGUGUGUGUUCACAGGACCUCUGUGUGUAGCUGAACAGUCAUAGCAGCUCUAACUCAUUCUUACCACUAUCACCACCAGACCGUGCGUCAAACUACAAAACUCCUUUGCACCGCAAUGUCACACAACCUAAAAAGCAGCUUUAAAUCAUUAAGGUCGCAAGUUAAGGUUAAGUAGCAUUUUCUAUAAGAGUUGUUUAAGUGCCUGUUAAUAAAACAUGUAGCGCUUAUUGAAUUAACUGAUGUACAUUUCUGCCCAACUUUUCAAAUGAACCACCUGUUUUUAAAGAUUUGUGAGAAUAUGAAAAGCAUCCUGCGCCCCCAAAACAACCUAUUCCGAUUUCCAUUUAGUGAUGAUGCUUCUAAAACAGCUUGUUCUGGCAGUUCCAGUAAGUUAUCAAACUAACUAGUAAUUCAUUCAUGUUUAGUUAGAAAACCAAAGACUUGUGUUAUCUUCAUCAGUUUGUGUUACAUUCAGUGUAUUCAUGUUCUCCUUCAGUGUGUGCAUUAGCUGUGUUGAGACAAUCUACUGUUCGAGUCCCAGGACUGUGACGUAUACUGACUCUUUGUACAGCUACUACAAACUAUCAUAAACUGCAGGUGUGUCAGUACCUGGUGUCUGGAUUUACAUUAGUUAUGUGUUGGACUGCACAGCCUUAAUUAUUAAACUGACAUUUAGACCGACUGCAAUGUUAUCUUAAAGUGUUAAAUCCCAGUGUAUUGAACAAAUGAGCAGAAUACCCAAUCACCUACCAGAUACAAGUAUUGUUUUAUUCUAACAUUUCUCCCUCACAUCUUUAUUUUAUUAUUAUACACCCCCACGCAAAGAGAGCCGAGGCCUAUUCAAAUGGAGUGGUACAUUUUGGCCGUUAAACAGAGCUCUGCCUCCAGGUUCUGACUUUAGGCCAGGAGCCUUUUAAAGGAGGACUUUGAAGACUUGAUUGGGCUGUCUUAAUUCAGUUGUUGGGUUUGUAGGCACGCCAGAGACCCAACUGUAUGUGUACGUGAACUGAAAGACUUAAAUACACUUCCAUAAAGUUUAAAAUAAUGCUUUCUACAGAAGUCGGACAUUUUUAUUUGAGUUCUUUUGAGUUUUUUUUUAAUAUUCAAGCACUGAUUUUAAAUGUUAAAUGUCUGUAUCCACAUGUAUUGCAGUUCAUAUUGCAACUUUAAUCUACCAUUUGCAGCAUUGUUAGCCAUUGUACAUUUGUCAUUUAAAUAGUUUGUUUUUGCAAAAUGCUUUUUCUGCCUGCACUGACAUUACCAACUGAGACAAUAACCCUUUAUCUGGCUUAUUCAAGGUACUGUGCAAUGUUGUACAAUGGGAUGGAUUCCAAAAUUCAGCACAUGUUGGAUAAGUCACCUUGACAGAAAUGCUUCAAAUUUCUAAAAUACAAAUGUUUAAGUUCUCACAAACGUAACAGCUGUCAGCUUGAGUCUUAAUGUCUGAAACAUGGCAUGUAAUUACUAUAGGUGUUAAGUGGUAGCAAUCUAAUUUGGAAUUAAAGUCAUUUUUGUGUGAUAGUUAAUGUUUUUAAGUUUACGAUGGAGGAAAUGUCCUCUUGUGUUAUGUAUUUAAAUUAUUCAUUAUGGACCUGCUCUGUGUGUUAUGGUUUCUCUGGAACAUUUUGUCUUUGAAAAGCUCUUAGACUUCUUUUGUAGCAGAAGACAUUUUGUAUCUUGACUUUUCAUAUCGAACUGCUGAACUUGACUCUAAAUAAAAUGUUAAGUGUAAAA